AAACAAGGGACCACAAAAUGUAUUAAUGAUAAGUUUCUAGUGGGGGGUUAUUUAAUGAUUUUCACAAUAGAAAUACUAUGUCCCUUUGGCUACUUUUAUCAAACAGUUGGUGUGCAGUACCCAAACUCCAUCUGGCCAACCACACUUAUAUACACCUCCCAAACUAACUUCCCUCUUCAGAUUUGGCCACACUUCUCAAAAGGGGCAUCAAAUAGUUGCAGAGAUUUCAAAAAUGGCAAUUCCCAAAUCACCAAAACACCAUUUUUGGUACACAAUAAUUCUCUUUCUUCUGUCAAUCCAAACCAAAUUAGUUAUGUGCAGCAGCAUUUACAAAGUAGGAGAUUUAGAUGGCUGGGGCAUACCGCCAGCUUCAAAUCCACAAGUCUACACCAAAUGGUCAAAGAAUCACAAGUUCAAGAUCGGAGAUUCCCUCUUUUUUUUGUACCCACCGAGUCAGGACUCGGUGAUCCAGGUGACGGCGGAAUCGUACGGCAGCUGUGAUAUAAAAGAUCCGAUCUUGUACAUGAACAAUGGCAACUCUCUGUUCAAUAUUACAACGGGUUCGGAUUUGUACUUCACUAGUGGGGCUGUGGGGAACUGUGAGAAAUCGCAGAAACUUCACAUUUCUUUGGGCGGAAAUGGGUCCUCUGCGGCGGAUUCGCCGCCGGCUGAUGGACCGGCGGCUGCUUCUGCGCCGUCUUACCCGACCGUUUUCGGCUCGAUUCCGGUUCAGGCUUCUUCGGACUCUCCGAUGCUGGAAAUUCCGGUUUUCUUGUCUGCGGUUGCUGGAUUUUUUGUAUCUCUAUUUGUGAUGUGAAAAUAGUUUUUUUUUUUUUUUUUUUUUUUUUUAUAUAUAGGGCAUUAUUAUAAUUUAUUGGUAUCUAUUUAAGUUAUUUAUUUUGAUAUUAAUAUUCUUUGUAAUAUUAUAUUAUAUGAAUUGGAUCAAGGUUUUGCCA